AUGAACAACUUCACCUCUAACAGUCCCUCUGAGAAUAACUUUGUGCAUGCGGCUAUUGCACGUAACAUCAUGCCCAACAACAAUACUGGUCUGACAUUGGUUAUGUAUACACCUACCAUGAGACCGGCAGGUAGCCAUGUUGAUGAUAAUGUGGCCGAUCCAGUUCUGGCAAUGCUGGCCAGUCUUAAUGCUCAGAUGAAGAGUCUUACAGACCAAAUUGCAAGCAUGGCCACCAGUAUCACCAGGUCCAAUGAUAUCACAACUCAUCUUCAGGAAACAGUAGCAAAUAUUGUUUCUGGUCAAACUGUUGUCCAGAAUACUGCUUCCAGAUACAAUGUUACAUCAGACAUUGAAGCGGUCACUGGUCUUUCAUCAUUGAUGGAAGAUGAUUAUGUGCCUGGAAAGAGAUAUCCAGCAAUCUCAAUAAGAUUUGAUUUGAGAAUAAUGGUCAAGACAUCUAACACUUUUCUCAUAGAAAUUGAUCAAUGGCUAGAAUGGGUCCUUAUAAGCUACUUUACAGAUGGCUAUAACCAUGGUCUUGCACUAGCUCUAACUGCAUAUUUGCAGAUCCAACCCCAAUCUGCUGGCAUACUUACAAGGGAACUUGCAUGUAUGAAAAAGAACUGCAUCAAAAAGACAUUAGCGUGGUUUGUUAAUUUUUGUAAUGUUCAUCAACAUCCACCAGAACAUGCCAAAUUUUGCAAUGUUGAGAAACUUUUAGUUAUUGGAAGAGCCGACAGACAAGUGAAUAUCAACAGUCUGAACAAUGUUAAUGUCAUCUUUAUUGACUUUGACCUGGCCUCCAAGGGGCAGAACCACAAUGCUGUUGUAAUUGUUCAUUACCACGGCUGGGAACGCCUUCCUCAUUCUGUCUGCAGAGUCUCUUGCUUGAACGAUAUUUACCUGACCAAGGAAUAA